AUGCCUCAAAACCCAAUCCUUGAAGUUGAAGUGUUUGAUGUGUGGGGUAUUGACUUCAUGGGACCAUUUACAUCCUCUUUUGGCAACAAAUACAUCCUUGUGGCUGUUGAUUAUGUCUCCAAAUGGGUGGAAGCUAUUGCAACCCCCACCAAUGAUGCUAGAGUUGUAACCAAGAUGUUCAAAAGCACAAUAUUUCCAAGGUUUGGAGUCCCAAGAGUUGUGAUCAGUGAUGGAGGUUCUCACUUCAUUAAUAAACUGCUUGAGGGACUUCUCAAGAAGAACGGUGUAAAGCACAAGGUGGCAACUCCUUAUCAUCUCCAAACAAGUGGUCAAGUUGAGAUUUCUAACAGAGAGAUCAAGUCCAUUUUGGAGAAGAUUGUUGGAAUCACAAGGAAGGAUUGGUCCAAUAAGCUUGAUGAUUCACUUUGGGCUUAUAGGACAGCGUACAAGACACCACUGGGGAUCACACCAUUCAACCUAGUGUAUGAGAAAGCUUGCCAUCUGCCAGUGAAGCUUGAGUACAAGGCACUAUGGGCAAUAAAGUUGCUGAACUUUGACAUCAAGAGUGCCAAGGAGAAAACGCUUGUUCAGCUACAUGAACUUGAUGAGAUAAGAAUGGAUGCUUUUGAGAACUCAAGGAUCUACAAAGAGAAGACUAAAGCUUUCCAUGACAAGAACAUCCUGAAGAGAGAGUUUAAAGAAGGAGAUCAUGUUCUUCUCUACAACUCUAGGUUAAAGUUAUUUCCAGGAAAGCUUAAGUCAAGGUGGUCCGGUCCUUUCAAAGUCAAAGAGGUUAGGCCAUAUGGAGCAAUAGUUUUGUGGAGUACUGAUGGAAGAGACUUCACAGUCAAUGGGCAAAAGGUUAAGCUCUACAUGGCUACAGCACCAGAGGAAGAUGGGGUUUCAACUCCACUGUUUGAUCCUACCCCGGCCUAA